AUGAGGAUUGAUUCUUGCUUCUGCUUCAGCCUUUUAACUGCGAUGGCCCUGAGACACUGUUUAGGCGCUGGAGAAGUUUUAGAGCUGUGCUUUCUAUCCAUGCUGUCAACGCCACUCAACUUACGGCUAGCACAAUACUUGGGCAAAGUCUCCUUCUCUCUAUCUGCUCCAUCCAACUGUGCAUCUUAUUUCCAAACGGCCAGUGAGAGAGCGCUUAUGGUUUCUGGCUGCACAAGCCGCUUGGCCCGGUACAAUCGAUGCUACCAAGCAUGUUCUACCGUUUGGUGGGGCUUGGAUGGGAUUCAUAUCUACUUGCGGAGUAAUCAUAGUUUUACUAUCUAG